AUGGAAAUCGUUCUAAAGGUGAAGAGUCCCAAUGCAACAUGUGCCUACUGGGACGAGGAUGAGACCCUAUGGUCAGGCAAGGGUCUGACCACCCUGUCCAACAGCGCGGGUGAACUCACUUGUUUGACCACUCACCUCUCCAUCUUUGCCGGAGUCUUGCAGAUCAUUGUCGAAAGGGCUGCUGCAGUCAUUUCUUGCAGUUCCGCUUGGGAGCUCAUGUCUGAGAAAGGCUUUCAGAAGCUCAUGGGGUCACGCCGGAAGUGGAUGGGCAGCCUGCCGUCAAUAUCGACUUUCGUCUUCAUAGCCGUGUUCUUGGUCAUCCAGUGCCGUGCGGCCUAUGUGGACCGCCGAGACAAGCAGAUGGUUCCCUGGGAGGAGCUCGAGCCAAUUCUCUUUCGCGAGGCUUUGCCUUCGGACGAGGAGCUGCCUCGAAGACGAGGAGCUGCCCCAGUCUGGGCGUGCUGCCGCUAUUGCCUGGUUCAGCUGAAGGAGUGGUGCUGCUGGUGCACGGGCAUCUGUUUUGGCGUGGAAAAUAUUUUGCAGCUCCUCAUGGACGCGAUCCCGAACGCCCCAGAAGCCAGCGUCAACCGGUGCAUCAGGUCCCUCCACGCGUAUCGAUGCGGCGUGGCUCUAGACAGCCUGGAGAUUCUGCUCGCCAACGAGAAGUUCCAAGUCGAGGACAGCGUUCCGAGGCAGGUCUCGCGCACCCCGGCUCGCCGAAGCCGCGUCUCCCGUAUGAUGCAGUCAGUGGUUCAGAACGUCAAUCAAUUCGCGAUGGCGGUGCGUGACCUCAGUGCUCGAUGGGAAGUUCACCUUCACGGGGCUAGUGCUGUGCAGUCUAUCCUUCAGCGAGGGUGGUGCAGCCGUGUCUGCCUGCUCGUUCCUGCAUUCCACCCAUGGAUCGCAUUGUUGCGGUUCAGCAUAUUGACGCCUUAUACCGUGCGAGUUGCCCUCGUCUUCUUGAAGCUCUGCACUGCAGGCGCCACCAAUGCGCUCUUCUUCACAAGCACCACGCCAAGUCCCGACUGA